AUGGCACAAUAUGGCAGUACCGUGCCAAUCGCUGCCCCUCGUGGCGGUCAGCAGGCCGUCUACGCCAACGCAAUGCCUAUGCAUGCACCCACUGCGCCGGCCGGCACCUUCUCCCCUGGCACCAAGAUCCAGGUUGGCGAGCAUCGCGUCGUGAUUCAGAAGUACCUCUCCGAGGGCGGCUUCGCGCAUGUCUACCUGGUCAAACUGCCCAAGCCUGUCGACGGCACUGACCUGGCCGUGCUGAAGAGAGUCGCCGUACCAGAUCGGGACACUCUGCGCGGCAUGCGAACCGAAGUUGAGACCAUGAAGCGACUCAAGGGCCACCGACCUAUCGUAACAUACAUCGACUCGCACGCAUCCGAGAUUCGAGGCGGCGGCGGCGGCUUCGAGGUCUUCCUGCUCAUGGAGUUCUGCGACGGAGGCGGCCUGAUCGACUUUAUGAACACCCGGCUACAGCACCGUUUGACCGAGCCCGAGAUCCUGAACAUAUUCACCGACAUCGCCGAGGGCGUUGCAUGCAUGCACUACCUCAAGCCGCCAUUGCUACACAGGGACCUGAAGGUCGAGAACGUCCUGAUCACCAUGAUUGGCUCCAGGAGGAAAUUCAAGCUCUGCGAUUUUGGAUCGGCCGCGCCCCCCAAGCCCGCGCCGCAAAGCAUUGUCGAGUGCCGCCUGAUGGACGAGGACGUACAGAAGCAUACGACGAUGCAGUACCGCAGCCCGGAAAUGGUCGAUGUCUACAGGAAACAGCCCAUAGAUGAGAAGUCAGAUAUUUGGGCACUGGGCGUGUUGCUUUACAAACUCUGUUACUAUACGACCCCCUUCGAGGACCAGGGGCAGCUUGCUAUCUUGAAUGCCAGCUACAAGUUCCCAAGCUACCCUGUCUUUUCUGAUAGGUUGAAACAGUUGAUUGCGUCAAUGUUACGGGAAAACCAGCAACAGAGGCCGAACAUUUACCAGGUACUUCGCGAGGGGUGUAGAAUGCAAGGACUCGAGGUCCCGAUACACGAUAUCUACUCGGACAAAACCAGGUCAGAACCUAGCAAACAGGCGCCGCCGCCGUCUGCGGCGCACAGCGCCAAGAGCUCACCGGUGGUUGGCGCAGUCUUUUCACCACCACAAGAGCAAAAGCAGAAGAUCCCGGAAGUUGUGCCCAUGAGGCGUGGGAGGUUGCCAGCUGUAGCUGCCCAACCUCCAGCGCAAGCUCCCAAGCCGAGCCCGUCGCCUGGAAGAGUCACUAAUGGCGACCCUUUCGCAGCACUCGACUCCAGGCCCACCCCCAAAGUGUCUGUACCGGAUGAAAUAUCUCACAAAUUUCCAAGCCUUGAUCAGUUUUCCAUCUUGCACGAGCAGGGCACCAAAUUCGAGUUUGACAGCCCUAUCUCGCCGCCAGGGGGUGAUCUCAGUCAGACGGUUGCGGAAAGGUUGGCAGAUGAUGCCUUCGUUGUACCGCAUGGCACCCCCCCACCCUCGCAAGCACCGGCGAGGCAGUCAAGCGAUUUGAGCAGGGUCAAACCGAUUGCUAACACUGCCGAUCUACACAAAACAACGCCGCCUCCGGGCUCGAUCAACAAACCUUCAUCGGCUCCGCCCAAACCAGAAGGCGCACAGAAGAGCCGAGCUUCGGCCAUUAUUUCUAGUAAUCCCGAGUUGCAAGCCAUUGCUUCGUCGCCUGUACAACAGCCCGCUCAGGCAACACCAAGUCGGCCUGCUUAUGUGUCUGCUGGCACGAUGACGAGCACACCUCCACCCCAGGAGCCGCCAAAAAGGGAAUAUCCCCCUAUAUACCGAUUCCCUCCAUCUGAUCAUCACCGGUCAUCGAGCCUACCACGGCAACCGGAUAUGACUGCGCCAGAGCCAUUGCCGCGAGCUAAUACGCCCCAGCAAGCAAGACCUGGCACUGCCCAGCGCGUUGCUUCAUUCCUAUCGCAGACGACUCACAUCCGUCAAUCUUCUUCGGCAAGGCCCUCGCUUGAAGGCGGUCGUCCCAGUGCCGACUUUCUUGAGCCUCUGGCGAAAUCCGCAUCCCAAUCGGGACGUCCUCGACCAGUCAGUACCCACUUGGAGUCGAACCUGGAUUUCCUACGAGAACGGGAGGCAGCACCGCGGCCGCUACGCUCCCCGGGUUUGACAGGCACAAACAAAUUUCCGGACAGAGCGCCUUCCCCGGCCCUCGAGCCACAAGACGACACAAACAUUGAGUCGAAUGUCGAUUUUCUUCGGUCUAUGGAAGAAAUAGACAAUAAGAAGAAAGACAAAAGCACGAAGCACAGUAAGCGGGGAAGCCUUAGCUCGUUGUCCAGCAGAUUUGGUGAUGCCUUCAAGCGCUUUGAGGGUGGAAGCAAUUCACAGCCGGCACGCACACCGUCGCCGCUCAAAGAUCUCGACCGGCGCGACCUGACUCCUAUUGCGGGCUCCGAGGCAACCGACAGCAAGAGCGAUGACGGAAGGUUGCUUGGUGAUCAGGAAGAAAUGACGCCUGAACAGCGUCGAGAAGUGGAGGCACGAGCACUAGCAGAAGAAGAAAGGCGUGUAGAAGCCGCCGCAGCCGAAUAUCGCCAACGAAUGGCUGCACGUGAAUCAGGUGGUUUAGCAGCCCCUCCACCCAGAAGCAUCGGUGGCAAGUCUCGGGCUGUCAGCAUCCAAAACAGAGUCCAAAACCUGCUUCAAGAGAGCCAGAAACCAUCCAAUGCCCCCAAAACCGCAGAGGGAUACGGCCGGUUCUCGGACGCGGCCGUGGCAUCCACCCGAGUUGAAAAGGCCUUACCUGAGCUCCCCCGGAAACCAGUCGGCAUUGCCCGUGGUCCACCACCCACCAAACCUGUCAUCAGCUCUGUGGACGCCAUCGCACGUACGAGGCAUACUAGUUCGAUGCCAGCCGCUCUGCCAUCCUCAGAUACGCUGAGCAAUCGGCCAUCUCUUCCCCUCAAGCCAAAUGCGCCUCCGAAGCCCGUCCAUCUGAAUAGUAUUCCGACAGGAGGCAGGAGAUCACCAUCCAAGCAGCAACGGCCUCCAGGGCCGGCUCUAAUGACCAACACGGGCACGGAGCAGCUCGUAGGUGUUGGAAUGCCGGGUAGACCAAGUCUUGAUAUGACACCUCAAGAGAAGGAAGAUUACAUCCGAGAUUUCAGUAAAAGAUUUCCUAGUCUAAGCGCGAUAGAGAUGGUGGAACGUGAUUUAGGUGCUGAAGAUGAGAGACAAGGGGGUCGAUAG